GAUAACGUGUGCAACUGAAAAUUAUUCAUCUACCGAAAGGAAAAUUCAUUGUGCAUUUCGCCAUUGGUUUAAUUCGCUUAUGCCCCUGUUCCUUCGAAAUACCAUUUUUUUUUAGUGACUUUGUUUCGUUUUGAUUUUGUGUUUCAAAAAAAAAAUCGUGACGAGUGAGCGUGAGUCCCGAGUUUUCCGUAAGCCAUACUAUGCGGCAGCUGUCAAGUGCUGCGUGACGUGCGCAGGUGCAUCCGCAUUCUGAAAAUCUAUUUUCCUUUUUCAAAAAAUAAAUUCGACAGUAUUAACUCACGUCUGUUCAUCAACCAAAGUUUAUUUCACACGUGUCCCGUAAGUGCGAAAACGACAAGAGGCUUGAUUAGCGAAGACUUCGUAUCUGUGAUUGACUGUCCCUGUAUGUUACAGGAGGGAAGGAAAGGGAAAAAACUUGGCAGAUAAGGCAAGAAGGGGUGGGUACCACCCAAUUCAUCAUCAUCAUCAUCAUCAUCGUCACGAAUUAUCCCGUCAUCAAUGGGUUGUGUUCAGAGUCAAUCAAACGGGCAAACGUCCAAGGACAAAGGAGCUGCUUCAGUCAUUGGUGACAACAACGGACAAGGUGGAGCGUCAGCCGUCCAACUUGACCCUCGUUUACCGCUCAAUGCCCGUCAAAAAUAUUCCAUGUUGGCUUCCUGGAAAGGCAUCAGCCGGGCACUUGAACCCACUGGCGUCUACAUGUUUAUCAAACUGUUUGAAGAGCACAAAGAAUUGCUGAGUUUGUUUACGAAAUUUCAUCAGUUGACGACGAGAGACCAGCAGGCCAGCAGCGAAGAAUUGGCCGAACACGCGUCAUCUGUUAUGAACACGUUGGACGAGAGUAUCAGAUCGCUGGACAAUGUCGACACGUUCCUGCUCUAUCUCCAUCAGGUCGGCCAAUCCCAUUACAAAGUCGCAGGUUUUAAAAAAGAAUAUUUCUGGAAAAUCCGCAAUCCGUUCCUGGAGGCCGUCAAGAUGACGCUUGGCGACCGCUACACGGAGAACAUAGAGAACAUCUACAAAGUGUCCAUCAAUUUGGUGAUCGAGACGCUAGUCGAAGGCUAUGAAAAGGCGCAGCAACAACAACGACAAGCAUCUCCUUCUUCUUAAUUGAAA